AAAUUUUGCAUGCAGGCCCAGAUUCUUCAGAUGAGAAAGAAAUGAAAGUGCAAAGCACCCUCCACUUGUAGGAUGCUAGGCUAAUCUGCGAAAACGUGCUAUCCUUUCUAUUCAUAUUACUGCCUCUCUAGGAAACUAUUUGUAACACAUAGGGCAGCAGAAAAAGCAGGUUACCUCUAGUUGGGGGUUUCCUCCUCCGCUCUUGUCAGUUUACUACAAGACUACAGCUGAGUUAAACCUUACCUUUUAGAAAGUUUCACUUGCUACCACAGCUCACGACUGCCAUCGCAAGAUCAGUGUGAGGCAGCACUCAGCCUGCUUUCCGUAUCACUCAUUGGGAACAAAGUACAGUUGGGUGCAGCAACUUGUAAGGCUCCUGAGAUGAAUGUUCAAGAACAAUUUUCCUCCUCUUCAUGCUAAGAAGAGAGUGACUCAUUGAAUUUCUCUCAGUCUCUUCUCCCUUUUCUUCCUCCCUGGUUUAGAUGACUGAGUGCCCUGUUGAAAAGUUAGUGCAGCAACUUAACUUCUUGACAGAAGACAGCCACAGAAGGAAAAGUCAUUGCAGGACCCGCGAGAGGCCACUAUGAGCAAUGUUGGAGAACCAGUGGGACCAGAACCAGCUAUUAUGAAUGAUGUACCAAAAAGAAAGAGGGGACGACCAAGGAAACAGCCACAGGAGACUUCUGACCCAUUGCCACCAAAGAAACCACGUGGAAGACCAAGAGGAAGCAAAAAGCUGAGUGCUGGUAAUGGACAGAUGUUGCAUGCUUCAGUUGAAAAAAGGCCCAGGGGAAGACCACGAAAAUGGCUUGUUGUUCAGGAAGAAGAACAUCGGGAAGACAGAGGCGACCCGAGUUGCAAUGUAUGCCCUGCCAAUGAAGGUACAUCUGGGAAAGGAUGCCACAGGACCAAGACGAAUGACUGAAUUCAGGAGAUCAUAGAGCACCUCCUUGGCUGUAGCUCAGCAGCAGCAUUCUGCUUGUUGAUUUGUCACUGAAGGAGUGGCAUUCUCAAUUUUGCCCAUGUAACCCAUACAAAAUGAAGCCUGUACUUGAUUUCUCCCUGUGUAUUCCCCACCAUCCCAGUUCUAUAAUUUUCUUACAAGGUUCACUUUUUAAAUGGUAGGCUUUGACUGAGAAGGGAUUCUGAGUUCUCACCUGCAUUUGUGUGAAAUAUAGCCCACAUGCUGUUCUUUUCAAACCUUUAUCCUCAGCUUUGUGCCUUGCGUUGUGUGGGGAAUGAUCGUGUUCCCAGAAUGCAAGGAUGUUGAGGAAACACAUUCUUAAGUAUGUUUGCUGAAAAUCCUUACUUAGAUUCCUUCCUUGAAAGUCUGCUUAGAUAAUUUUCUGCUCUGAUUUGAACCACAUAGAAAAUAACAUCUCUAAGGUUUUAUUUAAGCGAGUGUUAAAUAAGGACUCUGAGAGAGCAGGCUUCAAAUACCGUUCAGCCACGGGAACCCUCUGGAUUAUCUUUGGCAAUCACUUUCUCACAUCCUCAGAGAAAGGCUAUGACAAAUCUCAAAGCAAAACUUGCCAAGGAAACCCCAUUAUAGGUUCUCCUUUGCGUUGUUAUAAGUUGGAAAUGACUUGAAGUUGUACAGCAACCACAAUUGCAUAGCAUGAUGCAUUUAACUGUUCUUUCCCAGAUGAGCACCUGAAACCUAUCUAGGUUCUCUAAACCUUAAGUUAGAUCUUCAAGAGACUUUAAAUCAGUUUUAUCCAUGGGAUUUCUUGAAUUCUUCCUCUGCCCCUGCCUCCUAUGCAUAUCUGACUUCAGCAACUUUCUCUACUGGGAGAACCAUUGGUUAACUGUAAUGGGUGAUUGGUUUCAGCCAAUCUCAGAGUGUGAGCAAAGAACACUCUUGGCUUGGUUUGAGAUGUUUCUAGAGCGAACGUGAUGAAAAUUACACCUAUUACACCAUGCCCCAUUGAAAAACUGUAGAAAUGUGACAUAAUGCUACUUUAAGUAUUCUCAGUUUAUGUCAACACAGAAAGAUCCUUGCAGAACUGAACUGAAGGCCUUUUAAUAUAGCCUCUUUGGUUCCAGACUGGAUGAUUAAAUACCUCCGCAGACAUCUGUAAACAGGGCUUGAAGGUACAGUUGGUCUUACUUAUUCACAGAUUCAAUCAUUCAAGACUUGAAAAUGUUCAAAAAACAAGAGAAAAUCCCAAAUCCACUUGAUUUUGCCAUUUUAUAUAAGGGACACCAUUUUCUACAGUAGUGUAAAUCAUGGGACUUUACUAUCCACAGAUUUUGGUAUCCACAGAGUAUCUUGGAACCAAAUCCCAGAAGAUACCGAGGGACCACUGCACAUCAAUAAUCUGUUCCUUUCAUACACAUGGAUGUUGACCCCCUGAGCCUAUUUCUUUUAAAUUUGAAGUUUCCACAUAGCUAUCAUAUACAACAGAGUGAUCCUUAAAGAACUUAAAGAAUGGGAGGAAAUAAUAAAACAUAUGUUAGAUGCAAUUAAAGCCUCAGUUGCCCUAGGUUGGAAGGACCAAAAGAAAUGGGAUACAAAAACUUGGUACAAAUAUUUAGCCGACUACCUACUUCAAGACUAUAUUAGUGAAAGGAAAAGCUAUUAUAGGAUGGGCCAAACCAAAAAGACCUGGGAGGCAAAAUGGAAGGGCCUCAUUUCCAGAAUAAAGGGGAAAGAUAAAUAUAAGGAAUUAAAUAAGAUUAUUCUCAUGAUUGAACUGUUCCCGGGGGGGGGGGCAGGGGGAGGAAGGGAGAAAGAAAGAAAGAAAGAAAGAAAGAAAGAAAGAAAGAAAGAAAGAAAGAAAGAAAGAAAGAAAGAGAAAGAAAGAAAGAAA